UCGGUAGGUUCUGGGGGAGAGAGGACAGUAGUGAGGAAGCGCAGGAAAGGAGAAAAAAAUAAAUGCAGUAUAAGAAUAUGCCAGACGCACUAAAACCAUGAAACUGGCCAAGAAACAUAUUUGAGUGAAAUGCAAUUGGUAUACGAUUGACAGGCUCCAAGGACGUAGCUACCAAUGACGUAAAAUUUGUUAGCGAGCUAGCCGAAUAGUUGCAAAAUAAGAUAAGGCUGUGUCAUUGAGCAAGCAGGACACGACUACACGGAGCAUAUAUCUUGAUAGCUAGCUUUAGGUUUUAUCUUCUAUAGUUUUGCUGAAUUUUUUAAGAAACACCCAUUCGAUCGUCAUACUGGUAGGUAGCAACGGAUCUUAGCUAAUUUUCAUCGGUCAAGCAAGAACGGAUCUCACCGGAGACGUCGCUUUGGAGACAAGGGUACGAAAAGGAAAUAAAAACAGCUGAGUAAAACACUGUGUCAGGGGAAAAAUUACUGGAGCACCUAAAUGGGGGAUUACGGGUUUGGAGUCUUAGUGCAGAACAACACUGGUAACAAAUCAGCUUUCCCAGUAAGAAUUCACCCACAUCUGCAACCUCCGCACCAUCAUCAGAAUGCGUCCCCAAGUCCUGCUGCUUUUAUAAAUAACAACACAGCUGCUAAUGGCAGCAAUGCUGGGUCCGCUUGGCUGUUUCCUGCCGCAGCUGCCCAUAGCAACAUGCAAGAUGAGAUUCUGGGAUCAGAGAAACCUAAAGCUCAGCAGCAGCAACAGGAAAUACAAGAAACGCAAGAAAAACAGCAGUUGUCUCCAGACCACCAGGAAACGGGUAUCAUCUCCGAGCUCGAAAGCGCAAGGUCCGAGGAGAAUAAGGGGGAGAACGGCUCGGUGGACAGCAACGCCGGAAAGGAGAAGCUGCGUAUCGAGUCCCCAGUGCUGACGGGGUUCGAUUACCAGGAGACAUCGGGCCUGGGGACCACCGCCCAGUCCAGCACCUCCUCCUCUUCCUCCCUGACCGGCUUCAACAACUGGUCGGCCGCCGUGCCGCCGAACCCCUCCACCAUAAUAAACGAAGAUGUCAGCUUCUUCAACCCGGCCGCCUCCGCCAGCAACGGGCCCCUGCUGUUCCAGAAUUUCUCCCACCACGUCAGCCCGGGCUUUGGCGGCAACUUCUCCCCCCAGAUCGGGCCCCUCUCCCAGCACCACCCGCCACACCCCCACUUCCAGCACCCCCACAGCCAGCACCAACAGCACCGCCGGUCCCCGGCGAGCCCCCACCCUCCCCCUUUCUCCCACAGGAAUGCUGCUUUCAGCCAGUUGCCCCACUUGGCUAAUAACCUGAAUAAGCCCCCCUCACCAUGGGGCAGCUACCAAAGCCCGUCGCCCACGCCCUCCUCUACCUCCUGGAGCCCGGGGGGAGGCUACGGCGGCUGGGGGGCGUCCCAGGGCCGGGAGUACCGGCGGGGCCUCAGCGGAGGGGUGACGCCCCUCAACUCCAUCUCCCCGCUGAAGAAGUCCUUCCCCAACAGCCACAUGUCGUCGCAGAAGUACUCCCGGGCAAGCCCAGGCUUCAACCCCAAGUCCUGGAUGGAUGACAGCAUGAGCCGCAGCGAGAACACCUUCCCGUUUCAGCAGGAGCGCACCAGGUCGUUCGACGGCUUCAACAUGCACUCUCUGGAGAAUUCCCUGAUCGACAUCAUGAGGGCCGAGCAGGAUUCCCUGAAAGGCCGCUUAGGAUUCUCUCACCCGGCAGGAGACAGCCCUUUGCCCAUAAAUGCAAGGAAUUAUGGGAGGAGACGAGGCCACUCGUCCCUGUUCCCCAUGGAGGACAGCUUCGCGGACGAUGAGCGGGCCGAUCAGGGCCUGACCGGGCUGGGUUCCCCUCACUGCUUCCCCCACCAGAACGGGGAGCGGGUGGAGCGCUACUCCCGAAAGGUCUUCGUAGGGGGCCUUCCUCCGGACAUCGACGAAGAUGAAAUAACUGCUAGUUUCCGGCGUUUUGGUCAUCUGUUUGUGGACUGGCCUCACAAGGCGGAGAGCAAGUCAUACUUUCCACCUAAAGGUUACGCAUUCCUCCUGUUCCAAGACGAGGGCUCGGUCCAGGCUCUGAUUGACGCCUGCAUCGAGGAGGACGGCAAGCUUUAUCUGUGUGUGUCCAGCCCUACCAUCAAAGACAAACCAGUCCAGAUCCGGCCCUGGAAUCUUAACGACAGCGACUUCGUGAUGGACGGCUCCCAGCCCCUCGACCCCCGCAAAACCAUUUUCGUGGGCGGCGUUCCUCGCCCUCUGCGUGCAGUGGAGCUGGCGAUGAUCAUGGACAGGCUGUAUGGAGGAGUGUGCUAUGCCGGCAUUGACACUGACCCAGAGCUGAAGUACCCGAAGGGGGCUGGGCGGGUGGCCUUCUCCAAUCAGCAGAGCUACAUUGCUGCUAUCAGCGCUCGCUUCGUGCAGCUGCAGCAUGGAGAGAUCGAUAAACGGGUGGAAGUGAAGCCAUAUGUCCUGGACGACCAGCUGUGUGACGAGUGCCAGGGGACCCGGUGCGGGGGCAAGUUCGCCCCCUUCUUCUGCGCCAACGUCACCUGCCUCCAGUAUUACUGUGAAUACUGCUGGGCCAGCAUCCACUCGCGCGCCGGGCGCGAGUUCCACAAGCCGCUGGUAAAGGAGGGCGGGGACCGGCCACGCCACAUCUCCUUCCGCUGGAACUGAGCAGGGGAGGGGGGUGCAGGGGGGCUGGGUUCCAGGGAGUCGCUAAACAUCAUAAAUAAAUGCACUUUUCUGUUGCCGAUUCCUGUUAGGUUGGAUUUUUAAAAAUCUUAAA